AGGGAAAUAAACCAUUCUCCCUCUCUCUAAACCCACCAAACCCCCUCUUGAUCAAUCAAACCACCUCCGUUUCACACAAUCAGACACACAUCUCAGUUUUUUAGGUGUAUAGAUACUAUAUAUUCAUCGUAUGUAUACGCGUAUUGUUGUAUUGCCUUGGUAAAUAUCUUUAUACAGGCAAACUACGUGUAUAUAUUUAGAGAGAGAGAGAGAGGGGGGAGGGGUGUGCGUGUGCGUACAUGGAGAGGUAUGGUUCGACGCAGGCAAUGGAGGGGAGGUCGGUGGAUCCGGCGGCGGAAUGGACGGGGGCGGGAGGUGAAACCGGGCUGGAAGAGCCUAUGUGGGGAUUGGGCCUCGGCGAGGGGCCCGAAUCUUACCCCGAGAGGCCCGAUGAGCCCGACUGUAUCUAUUACUUGAGAACUGGAUUCUGUGGCUACGGCAAUCGAUGCCGGUUCAAUCAUCCCCGCGACCGUAGUGCGGCAAUGGGAGCUCUAAGGGCUAUUGGAGGUGAGUACCCGGAACGCCAUGGAGAACCCAUCUGUCAGUACUUCAUGCGAACGGGAAUGUGUAAAUUUGGUGCCUCUUGCAAAUAUAACCACCCAAAGCACGGAGCUGGAUCUUCACCUCCAACCACGCUCAAUUUUUACGGUUAUCCAUUGCGACAGGGAGAAAAGGAAUGCUCGUAUUAUAUAAAAACAGGGCAAUGCAAGUUUGGUGUAACAUGUAAAUUUCAUCACCCACAGCCAGCUGGGAUACCGAUGCCCGCCCCUGGUGCUGGCCCUGGGCCUUUGGCUGGUCCAGCAGCUAUGCCUACUCCUACGCUUUAUCCAACUGUGCAGUCUCCUUCAGUUCAAUCUUCUCAACAGUAUGGGGUCCUUCAUGGUAACUGGCCGGUUUCUAGGCCAACCAUGCUUCCAGGUUCAUAUGUUCCUGGAAGUUAUGGUCCUAUGCUCCUUGCCCCUGGCGUUGUUCCAGUUCCUGGCUGGAAUCCAUAUUCGGCACAAGUUAGCCCUGGUGCUCUGCAAAGUAGUCAGCCUACCGUUGGUGCAGGCCCAGUUUACGGGAUAACACAGUUACCUCCUUCGUCGACUACAUACACUGGGGCACAUCUUUCUGGUACCUCUUUAUUGCGCCCCUCAAGCAGCAGCCAAAAGGAAUAUGCUUUUCCUGACAGACCUGGUCAACCAGAUUGCCAGUAUUAUUUGAGGACUGGGGAUUGUAAAUUUGGCGCUACAUGUAAAUAUCAUCAUCCACCAGAGUGGAGUGCACAACAAUCAGUUGUUGUACUUAGCCCUAUGGGCUUGCCGAUGCGCCCUGGCGCACCGCUUUGCUCCCACUACGCUCAAAAUGGAGUAUGCAAAUUUGGGCCCUCGUGCAAAUUCGAUCACCCUAUGAGAGCUCUGAGUUACAGUACAUCUGCAUCUUCUCUGACUGAUAUGCCAGUAGCUCCUUACCCUGUGGGAUCUACUAACGCGACAUUGGCCCCAUCAUCAUCUUCCUUGGACUUAAGGCCUGAACUUCUCUCAGGUUUCAGCAAAGAUGCCUUCCCAGCAAAUUUGUCAUCCACGAACAGCUCAAGCGCUUCAAUUGGCUCAACCUUCUCUAGAAGUGGGCUGAUUCCUGAAUUUGGCAUUCAGCAUUCUGGGCAGAGCACUGCCUCUUCAACUGGUGGUAGUAGCUCUCACCAGGAAGGCGAGGUUAAUAUCUCAAGUUGAAUGAAACUGGAUACAUCCUAUCCCUGUAAUACUCUGUUCAAGUAACUUUCAUAAAACAGAUGGUCCGAUUUUGGAUAACCACCUGACUGGCCUCCCCUCUAGGUAAUUCUUGUCACUGCUCAAAUUUGGAGCAUGCUGUGCCUAUUUGUGCUGUUUUUUUGGGAACUCGUUUCCUGGAGAACACGUGAUGCCCCCCAUUCUCCACCGUAUCCUGCUGUACUCACACCUCUUUGUCAUUCCAUUAUUAGGAAGAACCAUACGAAUUUGGGAUGAAUAAUAAUGUGAGGGUGAUCUUGCUCUCCCCCCUUUUUUUGUCCUGGGGCUUUUUGGUGGAAGAAUUUGAUAUUUAUCAGAUUAAUUAAAGGGGCAAUUUGUAUACUUGCCUUUUUCAUGUAAACUCUGUAGUUAUGUUUAACACUAGAUGCUACUUAUAUUAUCACCUACACAACAAAUAAAUAUUGAAGAAGCUGCUUCUUUUAUUCA